AUGUCUGGACGUAGCGCCUAUGUGCGCGCAAAGAACAACCAACAAGCUGGCGGUGGUGGUCGACAGACCUCAUUCAAGCAAUACUCGGAUUUUGCACCAGACGAACCCUACAUCUACGGCUACACAGGUCCACCACAUGGCAUGACAAGACCUGUCGCUUCUUCGAGCAACUCGUAUGUCUCACAUCCUCCUCCUCAUCUGCGCCGGCGGUCACAUUCCUCUGCCGGAAGUGUCUAUGGCCAUCCUGGUGCUCCCCACCUGCACAAGCCUCGACCAAUCGUCAUCGCAUCGGCCAUUGAGAAGAGCGAUUUCCGAACGCACCUCGAUGGAAUGAGCUCGACGUUGAGAGGAAAGCUGGGUGGGUUGAUGAAGGUCAACAAGAAGGAUGCAACCCCUUCGGACAAGCCCAGGCGUCGGCCAGAGACAUCUUCAGCCGACUCGGAAUUCGAGUUCAAUUCAAGAAGCACCGAGCUUACGACUCCUUCAGUUGGCGCAGUACCGUCGUUGACUAAUAGCACUGCACCCUCCGAAGGAUUGGAACCCGGAAAGUUGAGCACGCAUCAUUCAUACUCAUUGCCGACACGUCAGAGACAAACUCAAGAGGCUGUAAUUCACAAGAUUAGGAGAUUUGAAGGAGGUGGUAAGCUACCGCAGCUCGGAUGGAAGUCGUUAUCCAAUGCUCCAUCCGUGAUAUUGACCGCAACGCAGAAUCCCGAGCUGUGGGACGAAAGCGGCGACACCUUCGUCUACAUGUACAUGCGAGGCUCUAAGACCAAGCCGCCUCCGUCCUUCCGCAUCGACUCGAGAGUAAUCUAUGAAUCCGGGCCUGCAUUCUUCAUUGAUCAAUUAGAGAACGUACAAGAGCCGGAAGGCUGGCCUCGAUUCGCUCCCAAUGGGGAUGACAUGGACAUGGAUGACCCAACAGAAUAUCACGGAGAAGUCUUUGGUGGUGCUCGCUCCCCGACCAUGCUACGAUCUGAUACCAGUGCCAGCGACGUGAUACGACCUGCCGGCCCAAAAAGACAAUGGACUCAGAAAGCGCCUCCUGGUAUUAAUUACGAACUUUACAUACCUUGGCCUGGCGCCGAGACUGGGAUUCACUCAACUAUAUGGCACAUCACUACCCGAAAUUACUUCGCCGUCAUGUACGAUGCCAGUGCUCUUGUCGGUACCACGCUGCUCGAGGCUUUGACCAAAAUCUUUGAACGUGUGAAGGCCAAUCCUGACUAUCUUGACAGGAGUGUUAGUAGAGUAGCAUGGAUCACCGACUACAUUGUUCGUCACAAAUUCGAUGAUGUUCGAAACAACCCUUCCUAUGCUGCUUCGCUACUUGCAUUUAGCGAGAUUCCGGACAUACAGUGGCGAGAAGGCUACAUCGAGGCGUUCGUGCACUGUGUGGGUAUGUUGGAUCUUGGAUUGCAAACUAUCCCCGAAUGGAAAUACAUCACUCCUCAAACAAAGAUGUUCCUGCAAAAUGCCAGCAUGGAAAUAGAAGAGCGAAUCCACCGCGCUCAAGGCUGGCUUCUCACCUUCGAUUUCACUGAACUAUGGCCAGUCACCGUCAGCACCCAAUCCGCCGCAAGGGGCUGCUUUGACCGGUUGAGGAAGUGGUUUUGCAAGUACUAUGAGAACGCAUUCUUGCAUUGGCCGCCAACACAUGAUAUGACAUGGUUGACAAGGGACAUGGUUGUUCGCUUGGCGGACGACUUCUACAGUCUUUAUGACUACCUUGUUGACCGUGACAUUAUCUUCGAUGGCUCAGAAUAUCGACCCGGUCAGAAGUGGGCCAUAACAUCGCGCAGUGGGCAGAAUUUCCGUGCCGACUCGUACGAACUUCCUAUCACCGAUAUGCUUACAAAUUUCGACAAUAGCAACAAUCUCCCUCACAUACCUCACCCAUACCCCCUGACGCCUACUAGUGUUCCCGUCGCCUCUAAACCGAAGUCCGCAUUUUCCCUGAAGAAAGGCCCGACGCAAGCAGAACAGCUAGCACAGACACGACGAAAAGCGCUCUCCUACGCCGAAGCUUCCAACGUCUACACCCUCCGCGACCAAUACAUGCAUACUGACCUCGUCACUAAUUUCAUUCGUUUCGAACAAUCCGACUCGGUCGAAGGGCUUGACCCGUUCGAAGCUCGUCGAGGCCGAUGGGUCCUCAUAUACGGUAUACUUCAAAUUCUUGCGACAAUCAGCGUGGACUCACCCAAUCUGCGCUAUCGAGAUGGCGCACAAUAUCAUCUGUGCCCGCAAAUGAAAGGUGUCGUUCCAUGGGCCGAACGUGGCGCUCCACCGGAGGAAGAACCAGAGCACAUGCGCUCCCAUUGCUGGACAGUGCCACACACCUGGGGCCCAGCUCAACCCAAAGCCCGACCAAAUGCACACAAGCCGAUACUCUGGGGUCAGUACGGCGAUGGUCGGUCUCGAUAUAACGACGACUCGGCAACGGCAACUGUGAAGCACGAGGGCUCACUCCCAGCCUUUGGAGCUGCAGCUACUGGUAAGACUGUAACGGACGUCAACACGAGCCGCAAACGGGCAGAGGAAUGGGUCAACAGUACACCAACAAAUGCCGGAGACGUGACGAGCGAGACAGGCAUGACGAUCGAUACAGCGGAUCAGAUGGCGUUGAGCGAGAGAACGGGGUCUGCGGGCAAUGCAGCCAAGAGCACGAAAAGUGGACGAGAAACAAGCCCGGGUAGCGUCAACGAUAUCUAUGAGAACGAGAGCUUGAAGCUGGAAGCUAGGCGAAGAAGAGCGAAGGUGCAUGGGUUCACGGAUUUUGAGCCCCCGAAGGAAUGGUGA